AUGACUGUGUUUCCUGGAGAGGUGACUAAACCAAAGGGCAUCCCUUACUGGCGCCUGCUUUUCGAUGCUGGCGCCAUCCCGCCCGAUGUCGCAGCCCACCAUCACAAAGGCGCGGGGACAGAGAAGGAUCCCUUCCAGAUAAUCUGGAUUGAGAAUGACUUACGGAAUCCUAUGAACUUCGGUAUCGUGCACAAAUGGAUGAUCACCGUGUUGAUGGGAAUCAACACUUUAGCCGUCGCACUGGUAUCAUCUGCGUAUUCGGGUAGCCUCGUUGAGGUAAUCGAGGAAUUCCAUAUCAGUGAGGAGCUCGCCAUCGUCGGGAUCUCGCUAUUCGUCCUGGGAUUCGCUGUCGGUCCGUUGGUCUGGGCGCCGCUGAGUGAGCUCUAUGGCAGAAGACCGAUUCUCAUUGCCAGCUCCGCCGGAUUGGCGGCUUUCACGGCGGGGUGUGCCGGCGCGCAGAAUAUCUGGAGUCUGCUUAUUCUGCGGUUCAUUGCUGGUUCGUUGGGGUCGGCUCCGUUUGCUGUUGCGGGUGCAGUGAUUGCCGACUGCUUUCCUCCUAUCAACCGUGGUCUCGCGAGUGGGUUGUAUUGUGCUGCGCCAUUCUUAGGUCCCACGCUAGGUCCCAUCAUCGGUGGAUUCUUAUCUGAAACGGCUGGUUGGCGCUGGGUGGAAGGGCUGGUGGCUGCUUUCGCUGGAUUUCUGGGUAUUGUUAUUUUUUGCUUCUUGCCUGAGACGUUUGCACCCACUCUUUUGAACAAACGUGCCGAGCGUUUAUCUGCUACUACUGGUCAUGUGUACCGUAGCAAGGUUGAAAUCGACGACGGCAAGAAGAAACCUGCGGCUAUCUUCAAGGUGGCACUCUCGAGACCGUGGGUCCUUCUCGUCCGGGAACCCAUUGUUCUGUUAUUAUCGAUAUAUCUCGCCAUCAUCUAUGGAAUGUGUGUAUACUCUCCUAAUCCAUUUGACUAUCCAUUUGACUCGACUAACCUCGCCAGCUUGUAUCUGCUCUUCGCAGCCAUGCCGAUUGUCUACCAAACCGAACGCGGAUGGAGCGAAGGCCUUGGCGGACUUUCAUUUUUAGGCAUCACAGUCGGUAUCCUCUUCUCGGUAGCUGCGACGUUCCCGCUCUACUUCAAUUAUAAAAACAAGACCCUCGCUGCUGGUGGUCGUCUAGCACCCGAGCAACGCCUCCCAGGUGCUAUGAUAGGUUCCAUCGCGUUGCCAGUAGGUCUAUUUUGGUUCGCCUGGACAAAUUCCCCCUCUAUCCACUGGAUGGUCUCCAUCGCAGCCGGUGUUCCCCUCGGUUUCGGUAUGGUGAUGGUCUUCCUACCGGUCCUGAACUAUCUGAUUGAUGCAUACACCAUCUACGCCGCAUCGGUUCUGGCUGCCAAUGCUUCCCUGCGCUCGAUCUUCGGCGCUGUAUUUCCCCUGUUCACCACUUAUAUGUAUAAGGACCUCGGUAUCCAUUGGGCCUCAUCUGUCCCAGCUUUCUUGGCUGUUGCGUGUGUACCGAUGCCGUUCUUGUUCUAUCGCUAUGGCCCGGGGAUUCGCAAGCGCUGCCAUUAUGCUGCUACUUCGCAUGCAUUUAUGGAAAAACUCUAUGAGAGGACCGCGUUACCCCCGAAGAUUGAGAGAGAAGGAUCCACCGAUGCAGAAACGCUACGUGGUUAA